UAUCGAGAGCCCUGCUGUCAUCGACAACCAUCGCAGAGCCAGCUAUAAAGGAACCACGGCCAUCGCCCGCGUUUUGUGGGCUUGGUGGCUGUGCCACAACACACACCAGUAACCCACUUCUGUUCAUCAUGCAGGUUUUCCUUUCUGCUGUCACACGCGUGCUGCUGCCUGCGAUAGUGAUGUCAGCGAACGUCGUCAAGGAACCGCCAGAUCUGCGCACCGGGAUUGACGUGACUAGUUGGCGCAUAGGUGUCGACAGUCAUUCCGCCUGUCCAACCGCGCCACCACCUCAAAACUGGAUCCUCGACCAAGUAUCGAGAGCCCUGCUGUCAUCGACAACCAUCGCAGAGCCAGCUAUAAAGGAACCACGGCCAUCGCCCGCGUUUUGUGGGCUUGGUGGCUGUGCCACAACACACACCAGUAACCCACUUCUGUUCAUCAUGCAGGUUUGUGAACCAGACUGCUUCUAUACUAAGAGAACUGGCAAUCACUUCUUGGUGCAGCUUCCGAGCCCGCAAUGCUGCUUUGAUAUUGCUUGUGAGUGUCUUAGUGUAAUUAGAUCUAUUUUGUUACAGUCGGGGGAUAUUGAAACGAACCCUGGUCCUGAUACUGAUGCUGUGCUUGCCGAACUGAAAAAACUGUCCGCUGGCCAAACCACAAUAAUAGCCGACAUGCAGGGCCUUAAAAGUCAAUGCACGGCUACAAGUGCUGCACUCGCCAACUUAAGCAAGAGGUUAGCGGAUCUAGAGGGCCAUUACCAGAAACUGCUACCAAUGCAAAUCGAGAUACAGACUAUACGGGCGGAUACCGAGCAAACAGCAAGACUUGUUCACGCUCUGAAUGCCCGCGUUGACGAUGCAGAGAAUCGCUCAAGGCGAAACAAUCUUGUGUUUUACGGCCUUCCUGACACAGCAGCAUCAGAAACGUCGGCCGCGUCUGAAGAAAAAAUUUUACGUCUAUGCUCAGACCACCUGAACGUGCCACUUGAACCUCAAGAUAUAGAGCGAGCGCAUCGUGUUAGUCGCUAUUCUGCUAAUCGCCCGCGUCCACUAAUUGUUAGGUUUAAUCAUUAUAAGAAAAAAGAAAUGGUGCUCUCAAAUGGGCGCAAACUUAAGGGCACUGACCUCAGCAUGGGUGAAGAUUUCUCCCCAGCGGUUAGGAACGCCCGCAAGCAACUUGUUUCCUUUGCGAAAGCCAAAUCUGUGCCAUUUUCUUUGCGCUUUAAAACUCUUCUAAUUGGUUCUAAGCGCUACGUGUUCGAUGACGCAUCGCAAACAGUGAAAGAAAUAUAGCAGUCAUCACAUCAUCAAAAAACAAGCCACCCCCCUCGAACGAAACCUAUAUCGCAUGUUUCCCUUUCAAUAAUUUAUACUAACAUACGAAGCUUCAUUCCAAAACGAGAACACGUGUCCAACCUCGUGCUGUCGUCCAACAGCAACGUUCUUGUACUCACGGAAACAUGGCUUUGCAACGACAUCUAUGACUCGGAAGUGUUGGCUGAUUUGCCAAACUUCAGCGUAUUUC